AUGAUCGCAGUGUCAGGGAUGUGGGCUGUCAAAAUAUCGACGUGGAGCUCCUCACCUUUCGACUUGACUGCCGCACUGAUCCACCACACCCAAUUGAUCCCUAUCGAUUUGCGGUGCAUGCGUUGUGUGUCUGACCUAGACACGUUUGGAGGUCCAGCGAAGCCAUCAGAGAUACAGCCCUCUGCGUGGCAUGCUCAUCCUGGCAUCCGGAAAGUUAUCAUUUUUCUCUGGGUGAUCGUUGCAGCAUGCGCUGGAUGGGCCGCACUCGUCAUGUACAUCUGGGACAAGACUGUGUACUCUUUCAGUAACAUAGUGUCCGGGUACGGCAAUGCUCUGACCCUAGAAACGUGGUCGUUCAACUUCCCCAGCGGGCAAUACAUCCAGUAUAGUUCGAGCGGUGUUAUGCUGUUCUCAUGGAUGAACAUGGCAGCUAUCCAGGGGCCAUUAACACUUGGGCUGCAUUGCUCUGAGCUCAUCGCAAAUGUCAUUCGGGACGAAAGACAGUGGAGAUACGCUACCGGAAAGAAAGGACUUACAACGGCAACGAACCCGGUGAAGACGAUUUUCGCUCAUCCCAUUUGUCUCAUACUUUUCGUCGCGAAGCCUUUCCUGCGUGAGUCACUCACGCCUCGUUUUCUUUAUCGGUGUUAUUGAACACCAUCAUCGGCGAUCACAGACUGGAUGUUCGGGUUUUCAUUCA